CGUUUGUUGUCAAAACUGCAAGCAGUCCGUGCAGGAGGCUGCUGCCUGCUGCCUCUGAACCUCCUUCAACCUCCACCCACCGUUUCAUCCACAUGCACACAAACCGAUGUCCUGCCUGUUCCCAAGCUCCUGCAAACAUUUCCUAAUAAGGCUCCCAGGCAUUAAGCAUCUCACAUUUUCGAAAGGGGCAGCCUUGGGGAGUUAAAAAGGAUCCGUCUGGAUGGUGUCGCUAAGAAACUUAGUAAACGGAGAGAGAGGCAGAGACUGAGAUCCGGCGGGAGUUUCUAACUUGACUGGCGGCAGCAGGAACAACAGUGAUCGUGCUCUUAACAUGGGGGAUGUGAAACUGGUAACGUCUACUAGGAUCUCCAAAGCCUCCUUGACCCUGGACCACUCUUCUCUAAGGUCUUCCGCUCCAAUAGAAGUGCCAGCGUUUACUUUACCUCCAAGGAAUAUCCGGGUGCCACUUGGAGGCACAGCCAAGUUUGAAGGAAAGGUCAGAGGCAUCCCUGAACCUCAGAUCACAUGGUACAGAAAUGGGCAUCUUGUGACAGAGGGAGAGCGCUGUGUAGCAGAUUGUAGUGUUCGAGGGCUUUUCAGCUUAAUCAUCAAAGGGGUGCAAGAAGACGAUGGUGGCCCAUACACAUGUGAAGCCCGAAAUGCUGGUGGCGUUCGUCAAGUGACAGUGGAGUUAACAGUGGAAGGAUCUGUUUUGAAGAAGUACAGCCUGCCUUCUGGUGCCAAAAGUUCUGGUGGUAGACUUGCUGUUCCACCUGCAGAACAAUGGCCAAGUAUCUGGGGUGAAUGUCCACCCAAGUUUGCUACAAAACCCAAUCGGGUCAUUGUGCGAGAGGGUCAGACUGGUAAAUUCUCCUGUAAGAUAACAGGACGACCUCAACCUCAAGUCACUUGGUUCAAGGGUGAAACUCAGGUGCAGAAAAAUGAUCGUUUCAACAUGUUUGAGAAAGCAGGCAUCCAGUUUUUGGAGAUCCAAAAUGCUCAGCUGGCCGAUGCUGGAAUUUACACUUGCACUGUGAUGAAUAGUGCUGGGAAGGCUUCUGUGUCUGCAGAGCUCAUGGUUCAAGGUUCUGUUAGGAAAGACGUGUGUGCUCAUCCUCUUUGCACAUCAACAAAAUCCAGCGCUUCUACAAAACCCACCAUCAUAACCAAAGCUAUUGAAACCUCAGAGUUUAGAAAGGCCACUAGCAAUGGGAUUGCUAAAGAACUCAAAUCCACAACUGCAGAAUUUUUGCUUGAAUCCAAAAAAAGGCCAGCCGUGAAGAAAGAAACCCCUCUUGCUUCAUCCAAAGAACCCAAACAGAAUCAAUUAGAAGAGUUGAAGGAACUUAAUAUUGAGCCACCUAAAGAAGAAGGGAGAGGUUACCAGGUUCUGCAAAAAACAUCAAGCACCAUAACUCUACAGUCUAUUAAAGUACAUGCUGAACCAAAGGCAGAAUUAAAAGCCACUUCCUCCAGGCAGGUAGAUGAUGUGAAAAGGCCAAAGCAAAUACUUCCAAUGGUUUUUCAGGCUACCCCAUCUACCAGGCCAGGUAGUCUGAGGACUAAGGAAUUAGAAGACCAUGCUGGAUUAAAGAAAAGCAUAACAGAUGUAAAAAGGGAGACUCGUGGGAUCCCUCCCCAGUUUGAAUGUCGCCCACAAAGCCAAGAAGCAUUAGAAGGAGAAGAGGUUACAUUCAGAUGCAAAGUUUCAGGGAAACCCAAGGCAAAUGUUGAAUGGUUCAAAGAAGGAUCUCACGUGGAAGCAGGAGAUGGAGUCCAGAUAUAUGAGGAGGAUGGGAUCCAUUGUUUGAGCCUGAAAAAAACUCAGUUGGAAAACAGUGGGUCUUACUGCUGCACAGCCUCCAACACUCAAGGCCAGGCUUCAACCAGAUGGAUAUUAACUGUAAAAAGGCCCAAAGUGAAGGACAUCGCUCCUCAUUUUUCCAGUGUAUUGAAAACCUGCAGUGUGAGUGAGGGGCAGGAUUUUGUGCUUCAGUGUUCAGUUGAGGGUGCCCCUGUGCCUCAGAUCACUUGGCUGCUCAAUGAUCAGCCUAUUCAGUAUGCACAUUCUGCCUUUGAAGAUGCACUUGCAAAAUUGACUGUUCAAGAUGCCUUACCAGAAGAUGAUGGGGUGUAUACUUGUUUGGCAGAAAAUACUGCUGGAAGGGCAUCCUGCAGCGCUCAAGUUACUGUCAAAGUGAAUCAACAUUGGUCAUGUGCUGCCAAUUUGGGAGGAAAGGCAAAGGAUCAAAAUUUCACUCUAGGAAGAAAACCCAGAGGACAUUGCCAGGGCUGCAUGCUCUUGCAUAAGGCAGCAGUAGCAGAAAAGAAGAGCAGAAACAAACCGGAAACUGUACAUCCUGCCCCAGCCAACAAAACCUUCCCUCCAGUUUUCCAUAAAGGCCUAACUGACCUCAAGGUGAUGGAUGGAAGCCAAGUGAUUAUGACAGUAGAAGUUUCAGCUAACCCACCUCCUGAAAUAAUUUGGCUACAUAAUGGGAAAGAAAUCCAGGAAACGGAGGAUUUUCACUUUGAGAAGAAGGGGAAUGAAUAUAGCCUGUAUAUCCAGGAGGUAUUCCCUGAGGAUACAGGAAAGUACACCUGUGAGGCUUGGAAUAACUUAGGAGAAAUUCAGACUGAAGCAACACUGACUGUACAAGAACCUCAGGAUGGCAUUCAGCCAUGGUUCAUUAGCAAACCAAGAUCAGUGAUAGCAGGAGCUGGGCAGAAUGUCCUUAUUUCCUGUGCCAUUGCUGGAGAUCCUUUCCCCACGGUUCAUUGGUUCAAAGAUGGGCAGGAAGUGAUGCCAGGAACAGGAUGUGAAUUCCUGCAAAAUGAAGACAUCUUCACGUUGAUUAUAAGAAAUGUGCAGCCCUGUCACAGUGGUCAAUAUGAAAUACAACUCAGGAACCAAGUUGGAGAAUGCAGCUGUCAGGUGUCUUUGAUGCUGAGAGAAACUUCCAAAGGGGAAAUACACAGAGAUGGGAAGCAGACAGAGCGGAGAGAUGCUGAUAAUCAUGAUGCACUGACAUUCGGAAGUAUUGGAGGCUUCAGAAAGUGCAUUGGUGAAGCCCAGCAAGUUGAGGAAGAGCAGGAGGACGUCCGAGGGGUGCUCAAGAGACGAGUAGAAACCCGAGAGAGCACAGAGGAGAAGCUUAGGCAGCAGGAGGCUGAGCAGAUUGAUUUCCGUGACAUUUUGGCAAAGAAAGUCAACACCAAAACUUUUUCUGAGGAGGAGUUGAAGGAAAUUCCAGCCGAACAAAUGGACUUCCGUGCUAACCUGCAGCGGCAGGUCAAGCCCAAGACCUUGUCAGAAGAGGAAAGGAAAGUCCAUGGUCCUCAACAGGUAGACUUCCGUGCAGUGUUGGCCAAAAAGGGCACUCCCAAGACUUCCUUGCCAGAGAAAGCACCUACCACUAAGCCAGCCACUCCAGAUUUUAGAUCUGUGCUUGGCACAAAGAAAAAAGCACCAACUGAGAAUGGUGGCCUCAGUGCCCAAGGCCAAAAUACUGAGGCUAGCUCAGAUGUGCAGAAAUCCAGCACCCUCUCUAAAGCAGCAGAUGCAAGUACCAACUCUAAAAAUCCACCAGUGGCCAAGACACUGAACACCAACAAUGCCAGGUCUAAAAUCUCAGAUACCAGCACUGUUUCAGAACCCAAGGAUGCCAGCUGCAAAUCAAAAAUGCAGAAUGCUAGCACUAACUCCAAAUCUCAGGUUGCCAAAACCAAUUCUGAAUUGCUACAUAGCAAACUGGGAGAGAAAGAGGAUAAGAAUGACAUCAACUGCAAAGAUGGUUGCCUGCCAGUAGUUGAUGGAGGGAUAGCUGAAGAGAACGUAGAGAAUAACAAAAUGGAACAGCUUAAGGGAACAGCGCCAUCAUUUACAGAAAAGCUACAGGAUACCCAUGUAGCAGAAGGUGAAAAGUUAACCUUGCAGUGUCGGGUUUCCUCAGAUCCUCCUGCUUCUGUCACCUGGACUCUGGAUGGGAAAGUCAUCAAAUUUUCAAAGUUCAUUGUCCUCUCUCAAGAAGGGUCACUGUGCUCACUAACUAUUGACAAGGCCUUUCCUGAAGAUGAGGGCCACUACAAAUGCAUAGCUGAGAAUACUGCAGGAAAAUCAGAAUGUGCUUGCAAUGUGUUGGUGGAAGAGUCUUUAAAGCCAACUGAAAAGAAGAGCAAAAAGCCAAAGAGUUCACUCUCUCCUGUGUUCACAACAGAGAGUGAGGCAACAGUAAAGAAGAAACCAGCUCCAAAGACUCCUCCUAAAGCAGCUCUUCCUCCUCAGAUUGUUCAGUUUCCAGAAGACCAAAAAGUUCGGGCUGGUGAAUCAGUGGAACUGUUAUGCAAAGUAGCAGGAACUUUGCCCUUAACAUGUACCUGGAUGAAAUUCCGGAAGCAGAUCCAAGAGAGUGAACACAUCAAAAUUGAGAAUUCUGAGAACAGCAGUAAGCUAACUAUCUCCUCCACUAAGCAGGAACACUGUGGGUGUUAUACUUUAGUAGUAGAAAACAAACUGGGCAGCAGACAAGCCCAGGUUAACCUCACUGUUGUAGAUAAACCUGAUCCUCCAGCAGGAACACCUUGUGCAUCAGACAUAAGGAGUUCUUCCCUCACCCUUUCAUGGUACGGCUCAUCUUACGAUGGUGGAAGUGCAGUGCAGUCCUACACUGUGGAAAUCUGGAACACAGUGGACAAGAAAUGGACAGAUCUCACUACAUGCCGUAGCACUUCUUAUAAUGUCCAGGACCUGCUGGAUGACAGGGAGUACAAAUUCCGAGUGCGAGCAGCUAACGUGUAUGGGAUAAGUGAGCCAAGUCAUGAAUCUGAGCUAGUGGGGGACAAGCAAAAAGGCCCUAAAGAAGAAGAGGAAGAAGCUGAAGGAUCUGAUGAUGAAGAGAAAGAAACAGAAGUUGACUAUCAGACAGUGACUAUCAAUAUGGAACAAAAAGUUUCAGACUCCUACAGUGUUGAAGAAAGAUUGGGAUCGGGGAAAUUCGGACAAGUCUUCCGGCUUGUUGAGAAGAAAACUGGAAAAGUUUGGGCAGGAAAAUUUUUUAAAGCAUAUUCAGCUAAGGAUAAAGAAAACAUAAGACAAGAGAUCAGCAUUAUGAACUGUCUGCACCAUCCAAAACUUGUUCAGUGUGUAGAUGCUUUUGAAGAGAAAGCAAAUAUUGUAAUGGUUUUGGAACUUGUAUCUGGAGGGGAGCUGUUUGAGAGAAUCAUUGAUGAGGAUUUUGAACUAACAGAGAGGGAGUGCAUUAAAUACAUGAAACAAAUCUCAGAAGGUGUGCAGUACAUUCAUAAGCAAGGCAUUGUUCAUUUGGAUUUGAAGCCAGAAAAUAUUAUGUGUGUCAACAAGACUGGUACAAGAAUCAAGCUGAUUGACUUUGGACUUGCACGAAGACUAGAAAAUGCAGGUUCUCUUAAGGUCCUCUUUGGGACACCAGAGUUUGUGGCUCCAGAAGUUAUAAACUAUGAGCCUAUUGGGUACGCUACAGACAUGUGGAGCAUAGGAGUCAUCUGCUACAUCUUGGUCAGUGGCCUUUCCCCUUUUAUGGGAGACAAUGACAAUGAAACUUUAGCCAAUGUUACCUCAGCCACCUGGGAUUUUGAUGAUGAAGCUUUUGAUGAGAUCUCAGAUGAUGCCAAGGACUUCAUCAGCAACCUUCUAAAGAAAGAUAUGAAGGACCGCUUAGAUUGCACCCAAUGCCUUCAGCAUCCUUGGCUCCAAAAAGACACCAAAAACAUGGAAGCCAAAAAACUAUCCAAGGAUAGGAUGAAAAAGUACAUGGCCAGAAGAAAAUGGCAGAAAACAGGGAAUGCUGUCCGUGCAAUAGGAAGACUAUCCUCUAUGGCAAUGAUUUCUGGCCUGAGUGGAAGGAAGUCAUCUUCAAGCUCACCAACCAGUCCUGUUAAUGCAGAGAAAAUAGAAGCUGAAGAUGAAGCUGCCAGCACUCUCCUGGAAGCAGUUGAUGAAGAAAGGACCCACGUGAAGCCAUAUUUCUCUAGAACAAUUCAAGAUAUAGAAGUUGUGGAAGGCAGCGCUGCUAGAUUUGAUUGCAAAAUUGAAGGUUACCCUGAUCCAGAGGUGAUUUGGUACAAAGAUGACCAAUCUAUCAAAGAGUCCCGGCACUUCCAAAUAGACUAUGAUGAGGAUGGCAAUUGCUCUUUGACUAUUUCUGAUGUUUGUGGGGACGAUGAUGCCAAAUACACCUGCAAGGCAGUUAACAGUCUUGGAGAAGUAACUUGUACUGCGGAACUGAUUGUGGAAACAAUGGGAAAAGAAGGAGAAGAGGAGGAGGAAGAGGAGGAAGAAUGAAAUCUGAAUGUGAGAGAGAUUUUGAAAAUCACCCAGUAAAAGACUCUUUUUAAGGCUCACACAGUGUGACAUUAGAUAAUUUUUAUUUGUUUCUUCAGCACAGUCAGCUGAUAACCUGUUUGUUUUAUUUAUGGGCAUUAACUUGAAUUAGCAAGCUUGGAUUUAGUUUAAGUUAAACAUCAAUUGCAUAGCCCAAACAAUGAAUGUGAAUGCAACACCCUACGAAAAGCUAAUCUGCAAUUUUAACCAGAGUCCACAAUUUAUUUGUUGAACUUAACUCAUGAGGAGAGGGGGGCUGGGCAGAUGCACUAAUAGUUCCAUCAACCAAUACAGCAGCUGUGGAGAACUUGGAAUACUUAAGAUCCAAAGAUCUAAAUAUUAUAUAAGUCUCAUAACAUCAGUGAAGCUUGUAUUACUGUGUUUUGAAAGCAUUGAGCACAAUCCAGCAGAAGGUUUACCUGCAAAGGGCCCAUUUGAAAGAACAGGAGCUGCACUUAAUGGUGGAUAGGGUCCCUAAACUCAAAUUGACAUGUCUUGUCAAACAUACACAAAACACACUUACUUGCCAUCAUCCCAUAGCAUGUUUGUGUCAUAUUUGUAAGUGAAGACUUCCCCUCUCCAGCAGCAUCAUUUCAGUUUUCAUAUUGAAAGCAUUCUUAUUAGUUUUCCUCUAAACAUUAUGAUUUGUAAUUUUAAAUCGUAAUACCUUAAUUUAAGCCAAAAUAGCUGAUUUUGGUAUAAAGGGAACUGAUUAAGCUUAAAUGUAAGCAUUUCAACUUGACUCUUUUGUGGAUCUCAAAAUGUAGUUGUAGUUGCUCUUCUCUGAACAUUGGAGGCACAUUUUUUCCAUUAAGUUGUUAUUGCCAUAGUUAAGCAGUGUAUUGUCUCUUCCUCAAUUGAACUUAAUCUUUCUCCAUAAGUGCCAAUUCUUACAUUUGCAACAUCAGGAAAAAGCCAGCUUCUUCUGAUCUGAACCAAACCAGAUGGUACACUGACAGUUUAGCACUUAAUCACAAACAAUCCAAAAUGUGUAUCGGCAGUGAUUUGAUGAGAGCAGAAACGUGCAUGUGUCAAUGGCUUCUCUUGACUGCAUACCUUGGGAUGAUACAGUAUUGACUGGCUUUUCCCUACAGUUCCAAACAGAAAUGGUCAUAAAAAUCAACCCUAUAGCUCUCUUACUUGCUGGCAGUUUCCUGUGUGGGCAGCCAAGCAAAAGGCAGAAAGCAAAUUUUGCAACUGUGUUUAUCAGAAUAUGGGGAAAGGAAUAUGCACUGUUGUAAAAAUCAGUGCCUGUGUGCCUGUGUGGUACAACUCAGGUUUGAAACCAACUUCCAAAGAGCCACAGAUAAGUUCAGUAUCUGUGAUGCUAAUGACUUAAAGAUCAGCACAAUCAAUGUUAAAAAGGGGAUCUCUUCCUUAAAUUGAUUAACAUAUUCAGAUUUAUAAUUUUUGCUUUUCUUUCACAAUUAGUUACAGUUAGAGGCUAUGAAGUUACAUAUAAUCAAAUAACAGUAUAUGUCCACUGUCAGUGCACCAUUCCAGUUGUGUGGCCUUCCCUCCACAAUGUGUGUAAGAUGCAAACAUUUUAAGGGUAACAGUUGACUUCUUUGAAAAUAAACACAACAAAGCUUACUUUAACUCAUCAGGGCAAAGGGGGUAAGAUAAGUGUACUUUAAUACAGAUGUAUACGGUAUCAUCUUUAGAUUGUUUGAUAUUACCUAAUCUUAUGUGUUCUAUAUUUGCUCAUCUGCCUGUUGGAAUGCAACAAUUCAAAAUUCAAUAUAUGAGGCUCACUCACAAUUGCUGUGGGUUUUUAUAACUGCUUUUGCUGUUUCUCGCUUACGAUGACGUUAUCAGCAUGUUGUCUUGUUAAAUGGAUGAAGAACUUUUGUUAUAGUAAGACACAAUAAUUGCCAGUUUGCCACAUAUUCUUACAAGGUUUUUUAGUACAUACAGAGCAUUUUCUCACAUGUUUUCAAUGUGUUAAAAAUGGGGUGUAUUUUUUGUAUACCUUAGUUAAAAAUACGCUAAUGUUUUCCUGAUUUCUUACACCAAAAGAGCUGCAAGAUAUGAGAACACUACAGCUGUAGUUACUCACGAUUUCUCAAUAAAAAAAAUACCACAAAGCAUGCUAGCACAAACUCCAGUUUGUUUCACUCUUAUCCAGCAGAUUCUUGCCGUUUCUGUCCUCAAUCUAGAAUGACUAUUGCUGUUGGCUACAUGUAAUGAUUUUCCUUUGUAGCAUGCCAGGCAUAUUGCCUAUGUGAAGCAGUAUAAGAAGUUACAUGGAACAUUUUCCCACCUACAACUCGACCCUCUUCUCUGUCCAAACAUGCCUCCUCCAUCAGUAGAUAAGAGAGUUCAUAUGAAGCUCCAUAAAAGGCACUCAAAAGAUAUUUUUAUGCUGGAAGAAAUUUCCAGUGACUGUUACUGCUUUCUGGAGGCCUCCUUUAAUUCAAGAAGCAAUCUCUUCAGCUCAUAUCAGUAGUGACAGCACACUCGACCUCACAUGGCCCUGGGAGCUGUCGACUCGAGUAUUCAAGACCAGCAGCCAGAAAUGUGGUGGUGGAGUUGUAAGGGUAUGGUAGUGGAGGAUUUUCUAUGUGAAUUCAAAUAUGUUUAACACUUUUAAUUUAAAAAGUGCCAA